AUGACGACCCAAAAACUCUUCAACCCGCGCUUCCUCCUCAUCUCCCUCGGGAACCCCGCCCCCUACAAAGACACCCUCCACUCCGCCGGCCACCACGCCCUCAAGCACCUCCAGGCCCUCCUCCCCGCGCAGCCGCCCUUCCACAAGACCGACGCCUUCGGCCAGUCCUGCCAGGCCUCCCGCGGCAACAAGUACACCCUCGUGCAGUCCCCGACGCUCAUGAACGUCUCGGGCGCCUUCACCUCCAAGGCCUGGCAGAGGGAGCUCGCGCGACAGCAGGACGACCCGGCCGGCCUGCACCUGGUCGUGGUGCACGACGACCUGGAGGAGGAGCUCGGGGUCGUCAAGAUGCGCAAGUGGGGGAGCAGUCACAGGGGCCACAACGGGAUCAAGAGCAUCGCGGGCAAGCUGCGGGAGGGGGACUAUCCCGGCGCCAAGUGGGCGCGGAUCUCUGUUGGCAUUGGGCGCCCCGACGAGCGGAGCAGGGCUACGGUGUCUGACUAUGUUCUUCGUCCAAUGACUAUCGACCAGAUCAUGACGCUCGAGGAUACUGCGGCCCCGGGGGUCCUCCGGUGUCUGGACGAGUGGGAGGCCAAGUUGGCCGCCCAGGCUAAGAAGUGA